AUGAACAAUCCAGAUAAUGCUCGUCGAUCCCCAAUGCAAGUCUAUAUUCCCCGCCAUCGUCGUGUAGCGCAGCAGCAAUCGCCGGAACCAACAACAACGCCCAGUGGCAGCAGAGUCAACGACAGCACGAACAACGAAAACGAGCAAUUUCGCUCGGCAAGGACAUCAGACACACCUUCACCACACGAAGUAGUCGUUCGUCGAGGCCGUGGACAAUUUAGAGCUCCAGUGUCAGCCAACAGUAGCUCAAUUACCAAUGAUGUCAAUCAACAACGGAAUUGGAGGGAAUGGAGUACCAGCGGUAGUAGCAGUAAUAAUAGCCCAACAACAACAACACCACCAAUACCAAACAAUUGGUCGUCGUCACCAGGCAACAGACCAAUUCCUUUAAAAAAGAGCAACAGCGACAACGAUAAUAAUCAGCGACAAAACCUAUCAUCAAGCGAUUGGAUGUCUAUGAUAAACAAAAACGAUCAGCCAGAUGGCAGCAACGAUGGUAAUAAAAACAGCUGCAGCGUGGAUCGCCUUGUUACGGAUUUGGAAAAAUUGGAUGUCGCCAGCACCAGAAAUAAUGAGAGCAGCAGCAGCAGCAGCAGCAGCGAUGGCAAAGAAAACGAAUCUUCCAAAGAAGAAUGGGAGGAAUUGCUGGAAACAUUGGAUAAAGAAGACAAAGUAAAACCUUCAAAGAAGACAAAUGAUCCACCACUAACGCCUGAGAAAAGGUCACCAAGUAUGGCAAAUCUACAGUCACCCAACGAAUAUACCAACAUUUUGGAUUGCUAUGAUUUUCCAUCAUUUUUCAAGACAUAUCAUCUACAGAGCAUUUUCAGUAAAUUCGAGAAUGCUCAAGGCGGCUUCAAGAUCAAGUGGAUGGACGAUACACGGGCUUUGAUUAUUUUUGUACACCCACAUACGGCAAAACGAGCUUUUCUAGAUAAUCUCGAGAAUUCUCAAAUCAAGUUGCGACCCUACACUGGUGGAAUUGAGUUCUCAGAAUCACCGCAAGGACAGCCAAUACCGCGACGUCCAGCUACUAGUGAUGUGGUGGCGAGGCGGCUGGUCCAUGGAGCAUUGGGUGUACGUGGACCAGCUCGAACUCCGGAACAACGACAAGCAGAACAUCGACGGGAAGCGAAACGGCGGAUGGAAGCGGACCGUGCACGGGCCAUCUCGGAUGCUUUCGAUGAAUGA